AUGACUCGUACAUGUAAGAAUUUCGACGUAUUUUUUCGCCGAAGAUUUGCGUCGCCGGAAAUUUCCCUCGCCGGUGUGGUGGCUGCCCGGAAUUUCGGUCGCCGGAGGUCUGGUCGGGGGUCUGGCCAGAGUGGUGACCGUCUGAAUGUUGGAAGAUUGAAGUUGAUCCGCGAUCUAAACCCAAAUGAGGAUACUUUGUUAGGAAACGUGACUAGUUUUUCCUACAAAUCACUGAAAAAGGCAACAAACAAUUUCAGCAAUAGGCUCAGAUCGAAUGGAUUUCCAUCAUCUUACAAGGGCACUUUAACAGAUGGGUUACAAGUCAUAGUUAACGUAUAUAGAACCGAUUAUAGUGUCAUAGACUUGGCUUCAAUAAUCAAAAUCAUGUCUGGAGUCAGGCACCAAAAUGUAGUGGAACUCAUUGGGUACUGCAUUGAAGGUAAUCAUAAAAUGCUGGUGCACGAGUUUGUAGGGGAUUGCAGCCUGGAUCAGUUGUUGUUUCCAGACUCCAGCAGUGGGGUAGGAGAUCGUUCUGUGCUAGAUUGGCCCAUGAGAGUGUCCAUAUGCUUUAAGAUUGUUCGGGUUCUAGAAUAUCUUCACUGCGGGAUCAGUCCCCGUGUUGUGCUUCGUGAUUUCAAGCCUGGGAAUGUGUUAAUGGAUUCAAGUUUCAACCCCAAAAUAGUAGGUUUUGAGUGUUCAAGUCUUCUAGAAGACAGUGAAUUAGACCGUAGUAGCCGUAUUUGUGGAACAAUUGGCUACUUGGAUAUUGAAUAUUGUAUAACAGGAAGAUAUUCAGAGAAGACAGAUGUGUUUUCUUUUGGAAUUACUCUACUCGAAAUCAUCAGUGGUAAGAAAAAUCUGCGGUUUAUCUUGGUGAAUUGGGCUUGGGACCUACAAGCAAGUGGUAGGAUUCCUGAGAUUGUCGAUCCUACUCUAUCUCAAGUUUCAGAAGAUGAAGUGAUACGUUUUGUCAAAGUUGCGCUUUCGUGUGUCCAAUAUUCAGAACUCAGACCGAGCAUGUCUGAGGUAAGGGUAAUGCUCUCAGACGGAUAUGACUUCAGUAACAUGGUACUAACUAGACCAUAG